AUGGCGUUCUUGCACGGGGUGUUGGAGAGUGUGAAGGAUGAUGAGAGCGUUAAGAAAUAUGAUGGUUACAUCACUGUAAAAGAUGGUAAGUUGAAUAAUGUGCUUGCAGGUCUCCAAAAAUCCAUUGGUCAAGGCUCCGGUGCACUCUCCAAGCAGAUCACGGAGAUGCGCACAGAUAGAUUGACGCAUGAAUUAGGUGCCGCGUCCAAGGAUCUGACUACACAGCUGGACAAGUGGAAGAAGUCACUUAGCAAUAUUUCCACUGCACUUAAUAACAUAGAAAAACAAAAUGUUAAUGUUUUAGAUACUGCACUAAAAACACAAUUAGCCCACAAAAUAGAGCCACUUAAGGCAUCACUUAAAGUGUUGCUUGGGUCCGCUGAGAACGGGACGUUCGAAGGGCAGGUUCGCAGGGUGGAUGAGACUCUUCUGUGGCAGAAGAAAAGGGUUGAUAUGGAAAUUAAAGGGAUGAGUGAGGGGUUGAAAAGACAUUUGGAAUAUGAAUUUGGUAAUGUCGAUCAAAAGAUAAUUAGACUGGAAACGACUAAGAGACAGCAUUUCGAAAGAGUAAAAGAGUCUCUACAUGGAGAUCAAGGUUUGCUAAAGAAAUUUGAUUACUAUUACAAACCCAAUACAGUUGGUCAAUUCGAAUUCAUUAGAGAUGAACUUGAGAAAUAUGUAAAGAACAACGGGGGAACCAUGUUCCUUACGAAUCUAAAGGCUGUUCAAUUAAAUGUUUCGCAGUUAGCAAAAAAUGUUAAAACCGGAAUGUUUAAGUUGAGAAACGAUCUUGAGAAUGAAAUAAAAACGUAUCUUAAUAAGUAUGUGCAGGAAGUGAAAAGUAGGGUGAAUGAAAUUAAAAGUGGCGUUGGGAAGGAAAGGGAGGAUAACAACGGUAAUGAUAGAAGCGUGUGUCGUAAUUGGGAGAAGCUUAAAGAUGAGAUCGUCAAACUUGUUAACGGAAUUUUUGGUGCGGGCGAAAAUAAGACUUCCGGUCUUAACCAGAUUAUCACUGGCGUUCAGUUGUAUGCGACGGAAUUUAAAUCUAAUUUUGAAAGGACAGCUACGUCGAUUGUUGAAAAAAUAAUAAACAGCGGUGCGGUGCAGCGUUGUUUGAGAUCUUCUAUUAGCCACAGCAGGGGAAAUAGUAACGAUGGUUUGCAGGGUCAAGACGUCAGAGUAGUCCUACCUCAGAUGACGUUACGAAUUAAGGGACAAAUUACAGGUGAGUUGCAUAGUAUCAUCCGCAAGCCAGAACCAAAUGCCGAAAUUAAAACGACCGGUACAGUUGACGAAAUGUUGAUAUCAAUUAAGGAUUAUCUCAAUGCCGUUGCAAAAAAUGUUGAACAAAAAAUUAAUGAGGCUGAGGCAUCCGUUAAAUCACUAGACAGUGCCAUUCUCGGAAAAAAAGGACCGAAUCCCGCGAUAGGCCAGCUCUUUCUGAAACACGCUUGUACUACCCUGCUUACUGCAGUGUCAGAGUGGGCUACGGAGAUGGCAAAGGAAAUUGGUAAUUUCAUCGAUAAGUCUAGUAUUAAGAAUUUGAAGGAGGCUGUGAAUAAAUACCAAAUAUUCCGCCCAAUAUUUGGCAACCCCGGGCAACCUGGAAACAGGAUUACUGAAGCAUUGAACGCUGUGAAGGAGAAGAUUGAGAAGCUUCACAACAAUCUCACCACCGCUGCUAGCCCAUCCUCCACCACCGAUACCCCAAAGUUUGACCCCGCUGACCCGGCUAACCCAGAAGACAACCUCGAAGACAAGAUUAAAGGCAUACUUAAUAAAGAGAUGGGUACAAAUGGAUUUGCGACGUCUAAUAUCGAUCUAUCAAAUAAAAUGCAAAGUUUCCAUGCUGCCGAACAGGCUCUGCAAUCCGCUGUGGCUACCACGCUAGCAGAUCUUACUGAACUAAAGAGAAUUCCAGAUUACAUUGAAAAAAGAAAAAAGGAUGCAACAGAGAAAAUGGAUGAGUUGAAACAGAAAAUUGAAGACAUCGCUCAAGACAUCGAUAAAGUGGAUGACUUCCUGCAAACAGCAAUAGACGCUAUGCGGAGAACAUUGUCUGAUGCAUCUACGAAUGCCAAUAUAGCCUUGGACAACCUCCAAUCCCAACUUCUUGCCAUAACGGCGGACGCCUUUGAUGAGGUCACAAGGCAAGUUAAACAACUUUUCGCAAACCAGCACGUUGCCGACCUGAAAUCCCUCCAAUCUCUAGUCCAAACCCAAAAAACUGAAAUCGAGCGUAUCAUCAGACUCGACAAAUUCUCCGGCGUCAAAGGCUUACUCAAGCAAUUGAAAGACGACAUAAGGAGGAAAUCUAAUAACGACAAUAAACUUGUCGCUCUGAAAGAUGCAUCAAACCACAAUGACUUCAAAACCUUCGUGGAAAAAAUGCACGCAUACUUCGAUCUCAUCUACGACUACGUAAAAUACCAGAUGGAGGAAUAUGUCAAAAAGCAGUCUCCCUUAGAGACGUCAGAUGCAAUUGACAAACUUGUCAGAGUAAAGCAGAAAUUGGACAAAACUCUCGAAGGUCUUACAACCUCCAACCAUUUCGACUACACUUUCAAGACAAACGUAGACGCUUUAAAUGGCGCGCUUAAUUAUUUCGCGCCGUCCAAGUUUGGCGGCCCGUGCACUGUCCUGCUGGACGUUGUGAAGGAAGGCGUGCAGGCGUUAGCCGGGCAACUUGGAAAGGCGUAUGUGAAUACAUAUUCCGGUCUAAAUUUCACUGAGAGUUUGCUGGCCGACAAAAAUGAUUCUGCGUCUCCAACUCACGGAACUGAUGCAAAUCAAAAGACAUUAACAGACUACGGAGAGCAUUGUUCGAAGGCGUGUUUGACAAUUCUGAACACUAUUUACCACGACAUAAGCAAACUGAAAUAUAGGUGCGAAAAUUACUGGAAAACUGAGAAAAUAAGCGAGACAAACGGGGACAAAGAUAAUCCACUUGGUUUGUUCCUGCAGCGUUGCGGUUUCGUCAUCGCCAAAAAACAAGACUCCAAGGACGGCGAGUCGCAAUGUAUAACAAGUGUUACGGGUGGACAAAUUCAUAAGAAGCUUGUAUCAUCUUCGGUGUCCGCGACGUCUAGCUCCAACAGCCGUCCUGUUAUCGGGACAAUUGAAGACAUUUUUACUUACUUAACCACAUACAAUAAAAUCGGUCAUAUCGCUUCAUUUGCCGCUAAAAGGCAUCCGUGCUCUGUCAACGAGAUGCUGUGCUGGCUCACUGGGCUACCGCAUAACGGGGCGUUCAGUGAACUUGACAAGCACCUUGAGAAUCUAUCUAAUGAUAAGCACCUUCGCCGAAUCUAUCCAUAUUCGAUGUGA